GGUACAAGGUAAAAUGUCCUUUAUACUAGCAGAAAUGUCUUGGUUACAAUGAGGUAUUAUCUCGGUUUAAAUGGGUACAGCUUCACCCGUCCACAUAUCAAAUGUAUAGUCAUAAAUAUCACAGGAAACCGUUGGCUCAGUGAAUUAAAACGAAAAAAAACCUGGAGGAUAUAGACGUGGAUAUUAUAAGAAAGAGGAUGAAAUUAUGAUUGUUGAUAGGGAGUCGGUUGCCAUGGAGAAGGGCGACAAGGACUCUCCGGGGUCUGGCAGGAAUAUCUUUGAUAAUGCAGCCAAUAUGAUGGGUAUGUCCCCUUUUGGGUUGUCCUUCGGCGCACACUUGGCCCACAUGCCGCACAUGUCCAACGCAUAUUCUUUGCUGCAGCACCACCCUGCCUUCCCAGUGUCCUCUCUGUUCGGUGGACUAGCCGAGGGGGCAUUUGGUCACUUCCCCCCGUCCUUCAGCUCAGCUGAAGGUAAGGUCAAAAAGUCAAGUUCAAGUUCAAAGUCAUCGCCAUCAAAACAUUCACCAAAGUCAUCUAAAUCAUCGUCAAGAUCAUCUAAGUUAUCCCGAUCAUCCUCGUCCAAGACGACCGUAACCAAGGCGACGACUACCCUAGCGACGACCUCAACCGUGAGCACAAGCUCCAGCCGACCAACAACCACGACAAUGGUGUCGGGGACGACGGGCGUCAGUCUGUUGUCAGGAAAAUUCAAGAAAUCAUCCAAACAUUUGUCGUCCAAGACGUUCACUACCUCUUUACUUGCACAGAGCACCUCACAGAAAAAUUCAGCCAAUGGGGCGGUGUCCCAGUCAGCCUCCACCUCACCGUCGCCCUCGGCAACCUCAUCUUCAUCUGCAGCUGUUUCCCUAUCGCCUUCAACCAAACAUAAGGAUCUAUUAAAGACGUUAGAAAAUGGUGCCACGUUAUACGAGAGUGACAAUCCCUCCAAUGGGUCUCUGGCUAGUAAUGGCCUCAGCAGCGACGAAGAGGACUUCACCGGAAACGGACAGCUCGGAAAUGAUAGGGAUAUGGAUUCCAAUGAUGAGGGCGGAAAUGACUCCAUUGAUGGUAGAAACACAGGGUCACCCAACAUUCACAUCGACGGUACCAAGAAAAGGCUGAUUGCAGACCAGAUUCGACAACGUGUGCAAAACAAGCCCAUCCAAAACAUCAAACCCUCCAUCAUGCAGCCAAUGAAGAGGGGGCGGGGCCGCCCUCCCAAACAUGAGCCAACGCCCACUCCACAACAGUUGGAAGUCAUCAAGGAAUACAAAAAACAGCAGGAAUAUUUGAAGCGCCAGCUGGAAGAGAAUCUGAAGCAGCAGCAAAUGCAGCUGAAGAUGAUGAAGCAUAGUCAAGUGGAGAAAGAGAAAGAGGCGUCGGCCAAGGUUCAGAAGCUGCUGGAGGCCAGUGUCAAACAGGCUCGAGCAAACGCUGCCGCUGGAGCGCGAGAAAAGGAGGCGAAGCAUCAGUCUGCCCUCUCACCACCUUUGUUUCCAAAAGAGGCCAGUAGCAGAUCAGCCACAUCACAGGGUAAUUCAACCGUGUCAAGAUCAGACAAAUCGGAUCAAGACGUUCAUCCUUCCACAUCUAAGGGCAGCCCAGUCAAGUUGAAACACCUGUCUGAGGAGAGCUCUGGACUUUCUGAAGACAACGAUUCGGACAUGAUGAAUGAUAGUGAUGAUGAGGAUGAUAGUGGUAUCAAUGAAACCGACUCGGAUGCCGAACCUCGACUUAAGAUGGUCAUCGACUCGGAAAGUGACUCUCACGAGGCUGCCAACCUGAGCAAGGGAGCGAAGCGCAGUGCUGAUGAAUCAUCUGAGAAGAACGAGACGCCAACAAAGCGCCCGCGUGUACAGAUGGAUGAGAAAGAGCUGAAGAUCCCGAUGGACGCCGGCUGGCGAAGACAAACCACUAUUCUGGCCAUCGGCAAGCGUGGCUUUAUUGGCGAGGUUCUUUACUUUGCUCCAUGUGGCAAGAAGAUGAAAACUAUCCCAGAUGUUAUGCGGUAUGUUGACCGUCAUUCGAUCACGGGGAUGGGACGUGAGAAUUUCUCCUUCAACACCAAAGUCAACGUGGGUGACUUCUACGAGACCCGGCAUGGCCACAAUGGAGUUGUGAAACUGACCAACGACGAAGUAGUGGAGAGGAUGGCAUUAGUCGAGAGUAAACGCCAGAAAAUGUUACGAUAUAAACAGCAACGUGGUCGAAAACGGAUGGAGAAACAGAACAAGCAACUGCAGUUGGCCAAGCAAAUGAUGGAUCAGAAACUCAAACGCAAAAUGGAUCAACAAGUAGAGAUGGCCAGGAGAGCAUCGGAGUACAAGGUACAGAAAAGAGUCGAGAAAGAUCGCCAGAAGGAUAUGGCUAACAAAGUGAAGCAGAUCAAAGCUAUAGAGCAGAAGAAACAAAAGGAACAGCUCAAUCUAAUUCGAGAACAGGAGAAAAUGCAACGACAUGAGCAGAUGAGGAUUGAGCGGGAGCUGAGAGCACAACAGAUUCUUGAGUCAAACCUCAUGUGGUAUCAUAUGGAGAGAGAAAGAGAAAUGAAGAGACAACAGUCAUUGAUGAUGAAGGAACAGGAGCGAGAGAGGAAAAGGCAGCAUAUUCUACUGGUCAAAGCUAUGGAGGCCCAGAAGAAACAGGCAGAAAGGGAUCGCCUGAAGGAAGAAAAAGUUGUAGAGAAACGAAUGGUCAGGGAAAGGAAGAUGGAGCAAAAGCGUUGGGAACUGCAGAUGGCAAGGGAGCUGAAAAAACCCACAGAGGAUAUGGAACUGAGAGACAGUCGGCCAUUACCAGAGUAUCCUCGGAUACCAGGGAUCCAAACGGACAGUGCCGCCUUUGCCGAUAUCCUUAUGGUGUUGGAGUUUCUCCAUAACUUCGCUGAUGCCCUGGGAUAUGACAAGGACACACUGCCGACACUGAGAGGCCUACAGGAUGGCAUUCUGGGUAAAACGGAGGAGGACAGCGAGGAUUACGUCUCCCUCGUUUCCCACCUGCUACGCUACGCUAUCAGUGACCCUGGUGUCCCCAAUCCUAAAGAAGCUGUCACAAAGCUAGGGCAGAAAAUCGUUGACAUGGAGAUCACAGACUCCAUCGUUUCAGAGAUUUUACGAAUUUUUGUUGUGGCCAGGAAUGGUGGAAGUAAUGAGAUGAGCGACUGGUUGUCACAGUUACCUCUCGAGUCACUGGACCAUAUCAGGAAAGCUGCCAUUCUAGCAUUUCUAUGCAAUGAACUGCUUUGUGGAAAAUCUAUUUCUUCAGAGAUCGAGAAGCACUUGGACCGUAUGGGGGACAUCCGCCGUGACAAAUGGGUUGUCGAAGGCAAACUCCGCCGGCUCCGGGUACUACAGGCUAAAAAGUUUCAUCGGCCUGUCUCCAAACCUGUCUCUGACCUAGAUUCCUCAGCUCAGGGGCCGGAGGGUGAUGAGUCGCAGAACACCUCCGGCAUGAAUAAACGCUGUAGUGAUGAUGAGGAGGAGAAGGAAGAGGAAAGUGGUAACGACAGUGACGAUGAUGCCCAGUCUGGAUGCCAGGAAACAGAUGGAGAUGAGGAAGAGCCACUGUCACUGGAAGAGUGCGAUAAACAGCUUGAAAAGUUACAAAAGCAACAUGCUCAGUACAGAGCAAAAGUGUUCAAGUCUUCCCAUAAACUUCGUGCAAUAAUGGUUGGCUCGGACCGAUACCGGCGUAAGUACUGGGUACUGCCGUGUGCCGGAGGUGUGUUUGUUGAGGGCCUCGAGACCGGAAAGUCGGUGGAGGAUGAGGAUCUGAAAGAGGAAGUCCAAGAAAUCAAGGAGGAAAUAGUUGAGAUAAAAACAGAAAGUGAGGAAAUAAAGGAAGAAGAAAAAAUGGAAUGUGAAAAUUCUAAUUUAAAUGGAAGUAUUGUUAAAGAGGAAAAGUGUGAAGAUGAAAAAAUGACAAUCAAAACGGACAAACCAGACAUAAAAGUGAAGCAACUACAGUAAUCAGAACGGAAAGAAGAUCGUAAUGUUUGGGAUACGGUAAAGGAAGAAGGUUUGGAUAAGGGAUGUUCUCUCUCCACGGCAACCAAGAUGGAGGUUGACGAAGAAAAGAAUGAAUGUAAGUCAGAAACUGGCCAAGCAGCUAUUGUGACUUCGGCAUUAUUUCCUACCUCAUGGAAAAUGGACAAACACAAGCAGACGACUUGUAAUGGGGAGAUAACUCCUACUACCUCAGUGUGCAAUAAUAAACUGGACUGCUCUGUUAAAAGUUCCUCGAACAUAUUUCUGCAGUCCCCAUCCUCCAGUAAACUCAGUGACUUGUGUAGUAGUGAAUCCUCCGCCAUUUCGCCCUCCAAAAGUGAGGGUAAAAGUGACGAUUCUAAAUCGGUUGUGAACAACAGUUUGCUUACCUCCCCUUCGCCUCUCAUUACACCAUAUUCUUCAGCACCUUCAUUGUUUUUCCCCCCAUUCAGUCCAUCCCUCAAUGGCGCCUUAGGUUCCAAUCCUUCCACCUCUAGCCUGUCCCCCGGGGGAUCCAGUCCCCGCCCAGCUCACCAACACCAAAAGAGCAGCACCCCAUCCCACACGGAGGGCAAAGCUAGCUUUCUCAGCAUCGACACACUUCUCAAGAAGGACCACUCUCAUUUGACCAGCCAGAACAAUCAUUUCCUACAGAGCCCUCUUUUCCCAGUCUCACCGGAUCAAAUGAUCAAAUCAUUAAGUUCCUCCACAGAUGGUGAACAAAAACCGUGGUUCAGCAUCUUACCCAGAAUGCCUUGUGAUGACCUCAGUAUGACUCAGGGAAGCUCGCCCCAGGUUGGCCUAAGCACUAGUCCGUUCUCUGGCGCCUCUCCGUUUUUCUCGCCCAUGUCCCUGCGUGCCUUCCCCCUCCACAGCCCGUCAUUUUCCUCAUUCCAAAUGGGCCAGCUUUAUAGUCCCAACAACUACAGUGCCACGACGGCUUCCACCAACACGAGCUGUGACUCGCCCUCAAAACUCAACGAUUCCUCCUUCAAGGUGCCUCUCACACCCAAGGUAGAGAUGGAUACCUGGGCGUCGGGAGGCCAGCAGCAGGAAUCAACGGAGGCCAUCCUCAAGGAGCUCCAGGGAGAAAGGCAGCCUAUUCCAGAAGACAUGAAGAAAAGUUGGUGGCGUGUAACUGAUCCUGAACAACUAAGAACGUUACAGCGGCACUGUCAUCCUCGUGGAAUCCGCGAGAAAAAUCUCCAGAAAUCCUUCCAGAAAUACAUGGACUACGCCUGUGACUCAUGCUCCAAAGGAAACAAGGAAAUUGUAUCCCUGGAGUCCGACUCCUCAGAAGAAGAUGAGGAGGAAGAAGAGGAAGGAGAGAAGGAAGGAGAUGGCCAGGAGAAGAAAGAGAAAGAAAGCGAUGAAAAAGAGGUGGAGGACGAGGAGAAAUCAAAGAAGAAGAAAGCAAAGGAAACACCGCCCCCGCCACAGAAGGAAUGGUUGCCCGAGAUUGCACACCAGGUGGAGCUGUCGGUGCUGGAGGAAGUGGAGAAUUUGGUGGAACGUGUAGCUUCAGCAAGUCUACAGGUCAAGGGAUGGAAGGUUCCGAGCCGAGUGGACGACGAUACAGACCUCACCAUUGUGGACAGGACCAAAUUAGAUCUCAAGGAGAAUGAACGCUAUCCUCUGGAUGCUGCUAGAGAGAAACUGUUGAGUCUGGAACCAAACAUAGAGCGUCGCUACAUUAAACCUCCACUCACAAAGGCAGUGACAAUCAAUCUGGCCAGUCUAGCUGAACACACACGGUCGGAGCGACGGAACAGCCAUACACAGGAGGAGGAGGAUGACAACGACUCUAUCGACCAGGAAGCCCCCGAGCGACCUGAGGACGUACCGCCUGGUCUAGCCACGUGGCGGUCUGCAGUUGCCAAGGCAACCUCACCUGCACAACUGACUUUGUGUGUUCAUCAGCUCAGCACCUCCAUCUCCUGGGAAAAGUCCAUCAUGAAAGUGCUUUGCCAGAUCUGCCGUAAGGACGACAAUGAGGCAGAACUGUUGUUGUGUGACGGAUGUGACCAGGGUUACCAUACAUACUGCUUCAAGCCCAAGAUGGAUAAUAUACCAGAUGGUGACUGGUACUGUUAUGAAUGUAUAUCUAAGGCAUCUGGCGUGCCGUGUUGUAUUGUGUGUGGGAAGAAGACUGGUAAGAUUGCAGAGUGUCAUCACUGUCCUCGAGCCAUCCAUCUCGACUGUCUUGACCCACCCCUACCUCGUAUGCCCAGGAAAUGGGUGUGUCCAGCAUGUUCAUCAAAUAUGAAUGGACGAAAACGGACACGGAAAAGCCCGAAAAGUCCGAAGAAGUGUGAUGGUGGUAACACCACUCCAAUACAAAGACGAGACUCUGAAGCAUCAACGAAACAAAUGGAGACACCAUCGUCAGAAAAGAAAAAAGGCAACAAAGAAAAUGAAAGGAAGAAAGCUGCCGAACAGUCCGAUGAUAUGACUUUGUGCAGGCUGGUUCUGACAGAAAUGGAAAAGCAUGAAGAUGGCUGGCCAUUCCUUAAACCUGUAAACUUCAAACAGUUCCCAACGUACCGUAAAUACAUAAAACAACCUAUGGACUUCAGUACAAUAAAAAACAAGCUCAGGGACUCUGUAUAUAAGUCAAGAGCAGAAUUUGCAGCUGAUUGUAGACUUAUUUUUGAAAACUGUAAAACUUUUAAUGAGGAUGAAUCGGAGGUUGGUCGAGGGGGCCACACGCUGCGGAAAUUCUUUGAAUCCCGGUGGAAGGAACUUAUACUGCACUCAUCGACAGUUUCAUCCCAUUCUUCAUCAUCGUCAUCCUCUGCAGCAUCUCCAUCACCCGCAGUGACAGUACCUUCAUCUAGUUCAUCGUCUGUGACCUCAGUUAAUUCAUCGUCAUCAGUGGCGCCACCUUUAUCCAGCCACUCUUCAGGGACAUUACAGGAAGCGUCAGUGUCGGAAACGACGACUUAGGAGGAUUUCUGAGUGCUGUGUUCAUUUGUAAAAUGUAUAGCAAGUGCAUUUAACCGUUACGAAUGUGUCUCAAAUUGUUUUAUCCCGUAACUAAAUGAAAACCUAUCUAGGACUACAUACCUUCAAACCUAUGGCAAUGCAAGUGGGAUGUUCAAUAAUUCAAACCAUAUCUCCGUUAAAAUGACAAUAUAACACUAUACUUGAUUUCAUGGUUUACCAUUUUCAAACCGUUUCACCAGUUCAGUGCGAACUUGUCAUUAAUUGUAGAUCACAGUCAGUGAAGUUGUAUGAAUUUGUGUAAAGGUAUUUGCGGAUAUUCCUAGUAAAGACAGUAUUUGUAAAAAUCUGUGAAUGUUGGUACGUCCUAGGAUAUCCGUGUUGUGGUGUCCUGGUAAAUGAAACAGAAUUUCAACAACUUAAAUCACUCUAUUUUUGUGAGAAAUUAACUUUCAUCCAAUUUACUGAGGACACGUAUUUGUGAACUUAAAUUUAAACUAUCAUCACCUUUAAAGAAUCCUCUCAAUCAUUUUUUUAAAAUUAUUUUUUAAGAAAUAUUAUUAAAAAAUAAAUUGGUUCCUUGUUAUGUGAAUCUAUUUAAGCCAUGCUUCCAUUGGUAAAUGUUUUUAAAUUUAAAACUGGAUAAAACUGUCUUUUCCCUAUAUAGAUUUGCUAGCUAUGAUGUCACAAUUUGGACGUACAAGUUUUGAAAUUAUAAAGGGAUUUGACGAUCUUUAGAAGAACAAAAUAGAUUUGAAAGAAAUUGUUAAGAAAAAGAAAGGAAAAACGAAAAUCACCAGGGUUUAUAAUAUAAUGAACUGUUAUUGGACGCAAUAUUAAGGUCAAGGUUUACUGAAAUGUCUAAAGGUAAAAUAUAAUUAACUAAUAAAGGUUCAUGUCGGUAAAGUGAUUUAAGAAAUCUUUUAUAGUAUUGCCUUAUUCAUAAAUGAAAAACAAUUAACGCUAAAUUAGAUUGAGAGUGCAAAAAUUUCUAGGUAUAUGUAGAAAUAUGUUUUGAGUUUCUUUGCCUUAAUUGUCAUCCAAUUGGUAGUUUUAUACUAUACUCAGUCAUGAAUAUUACUGGUCACAAAUGAAACAUGAUAUAAUAUUUUGCUCUGUUAUUUUCUUGCACCCAGAAAUCUGGAUACAGGCUUCAUAGGUCACAAAUCAUCGGGACGGGAACGAAUCUCAGAAAUAACGGUCCAUGGAUCAUUGAAUUCACUAAUAUUUGGUAAAAAUUCACUUAUUCGGUCGGAUUCUUUGAAUUCAUUAAAGGUAUAUUACAUUAGAUUGAUAGUUUAUUAAUACACCACAUACAAAAAUUCAUAUUAAUAUCAAAAUAACAUUUCGUUGAAAAGUUAGAUAUGGGAAAUUAUUUUUGACAAGAUAACUUGUCAGAUUAACUCUCAUACUACACUCAAAUUUAUCUCGUUCAAAUUACAUCAUAACCUCACCAGUCCAGACAAGCCUUGAUGUGUUCCAGAUUGAAGUUCGGUGAUAUUGAGGAAGACACUCAAAUCUAAACUGCCUCCAGUUGAAUUUUGUAUGCACAUAGAUACCGCCAUUUUGAUCCAUUUUUUAACCUUAAUUUAAAAAAAAAAACUACUACUUUAUGACACCUUUCUAAAUUACCUCCGACUUUGCAAUGCAUCAUAAGAUUGUGCCAUUCCCGUCGUAAAGUCCAUCAUCAAUUAUAUAAUUAAAGUCAUUUGGUCUCUUGUGUGUUCCAGAGAAAACGACAAAAGGACAAAUUAGAUGUACAUGUGUAUGAAUGUGUCUGAGUGUGUGUGUUUACAAAUAUGUUAACUCCAUGGGCACACUUUCGUAUCUACCUGUACAACCUCUCAGGACAAACUGUAACACCCUAGUGGUCAAUAUCUGACCUUUGCCCCCACAGGUCAAGUCAUAUUGUAGCCCCUAAACGUCCACAAUAAUAUUACAUAUUGUGUAUACCGUCAUUUUUUUUUUCUUGUAAAAAAAAAUUUUCAGGUUUGUUGUAAUUCUUGUGAUAAUUUGUACAGUUUAUAUCUCCUGUCCAAUGCAUUAGCGUGCAACUUAUUUAUUAUUAUUGAAAAUACGAAUGUUUAUGUCCGAUGAAUCGUUAGGAAUCUCACCGUAGCACUUGCUGUAAUAUAACGCUUUUAUUUAUGUGGUCACUCUCGUGUGAAUCAAUAUAUAUAUAUAUAUAUACACUAAAAAUGUGCAAUUUUUUUUAAUCAACAGUGAAAGAAUUCGAAUUGCCUAUGAUAUACCAACGUUAAUGUUUUCCUAUGUGUUGUUAAAAGACUUGUAGCUCCAAAUUAUUGAUUAAUAUAUAUAUCUCGCGUAGUUUGGAUAUUGUCCUCGUUUCCUGGAGGGACUAGUAUUGAAUGGUACAAUCUACACUGUAGGCUUUUACAAACAUCUGCAGAUUAAUAAUCUUAUGAAUGCAUCAAAUAUACAUGUAUCAACUUUUAAGUUAAGGGUGUAUGUUGAGUUAUAAUGUAAAUUUUGAGUUAAAGACACUUCUUAACUUACUUUAUUUGUUAUCUCCUGUAAUAAAUGGAUUUUGUUACUUUGGACGAAUGUUAAGAAAAAGGGAGAUAACUUUAAAAAAAAAAACACAAUUCAAAAGUAGUUUAUAUGGUAGAUUAUGUCGUUUAAUUUGGAAAAAGUGAUCAUUUUGAAAAAUAUGAAGAAAAAAUUGUUUCUAGAAUAUUGAUUGACAAGUGUGAAAAUAAAAGCAAAAAUAAGUAGAAUGUUGAAAUGAAGGUAAGAUAUUUCAUAGUAAAUUUUAUUAGAUGUAUAUUUUAAAUUUCUUUAAACAUCGAAUUUGGUCAGGUUGUAGGUUUAAUGUAUGGAUGGGACUUAGUUAUUUUAUCUAGACCAUGUUGUUUAUUUCUGUGAAGCGAAGGAUGUAUAUCUACUACAUUCGUACACACAUUUCACAUUGUGUGACAUCAUAGCUCUUCAGUUGCCAUGGUUACAUUCGAACUCUCCUGUUUUGUGUUGUAAAGAGUGUGUGAUAAAUCUUUAGUUUUUCAGUUGUCAUGGUUACAUAUGAACUCUCCGGUGUUGGAGAUAUAAUGUAUAUAUAUGAAUUUAGUGCAAGUCUUAAAGUACAAGAGAUCGAGUAGGCCGUAACAUUAUCUAAAGGUUGUAUACUUGACAUGAUGGAUAAUUUAAAACAAGAUAUAUUACUGUAAUGGUCGUGAUUUUUUUUUUAAAGUUUUUUUUUCCCCAGGCAUUCAUUAUCAAUAUAUUUUCUGAAGAAUCAAUGAUUGUAACUUUUAAGUAAUGUAAUAUUGUUAGAAUUUGGGUUUAAAUAAUAUUUAACUUGUCGGUCAAUGUUACACACCAAAAAAAUGUAAGAAAGUGUGGCAUAAAUAUAUAUGUAUUCUCUACUCAAGGGUCAGUUACAUUUUCAAAUUUAUAUCGUACAAAUCCAGUGACCUCUAGUAGUGGUUAAGCAGCAUAUUCGAUAGUUAAUUUGUUAUUGUGAAUGUGAAAAACCUUGUUUCCCUGGACUUCUAAUAAAACCUGCCAGUCAGCUAUUGCUGUAUAUUCUAAAUAUGAUGCACAAAAUAUUCAACUUUCAGCAACUGGCUGACAAGUAGUCCGAUGGCAUAUCAUCUACCAAACUCAUUAGAGACAAGACAUUUCACAAAUGUAUGAUGUUGAAAUUUACUGCAGAUGCUGAUAAAAAAGUAUUUUUUAGGAAAUUAAAGUUUAUAUUUUGGCAUGAUAUGUAUAUGUAGUAUGUGACUUUUACACAAUUGUUAAUUCUUAUAUUUCUGCUGAAACUGCACAGUCAUGUCAAGCCCUAGUUUACACGUGGCGACAUUUAGAAACUGUGGCCAUGUGAUUAGUCCUAGCUCUGUAUGUUAUUAUAUGAAAUAAUUCCUUUGUGUUCCUAUUGAUACGUAAAUGUGGCUUAAGAAUGUAUGUCGGCUCUCCGUGUGGUAAAACUGAUUUUAGAUGUGGUAUUAACUGUUUAACAUUUAACUGUUGAUCUGUACUCUAAGCAUUAAAAUUUGUGAAAUUUGAUAAAACAGAAUAAAAAGAACAAAAUAUGUUGAUGGAACAUGUA